AUCAAAACGUUUCCUUGUUUACAAACCGUGCUAUCAUUAUUAUAGCAUAAGAAGACGCGACACGUCACCUGAUCUUCCACUCUGUGCCUGUGCCUGUGACUGUGACUCACUCUCUAUAUAUAUGUAACCUCGUCUCUGUCUCGAUUGCAGUCUGGCACUCUCUCUCUCUCUCUGUUAACUCUCUCCGCAUUUCGUGAAUCAACCAGAGAGAACAGAGACAGAGAAUCAAGUGAAGAUGCAGAGAUUCGCAAUGAAAAGGCCAUUUUCGGGAAAAGAUCUUCAAAGUCUAUCUCGUCCCUUCUCUCAGUUAGCCCAGAAACAGACCCCUCUCCCUGAAAAUGACGCAUUCCUCCCCAAAUUGCCCCCCUUCGAUUACUCUCCUCCGCCGUACACCGGUCCUUCCUCCGCCGAGAUUCUCCAGAAGCGAAAAGAUUAUCUCAGCCCUUCCAUGUUCUGCUUCUACAACAAACCCUUGAACGUGGUUGACGGAAAGAGGCAAUACCUGUUCGACGAGAAGGGCCGGCGAUAUCUGGACGCGUUCGGUGGGAUCGCGACGGUGUGUUGCGGGCACUGCCAUCCCGAUGUGGUCUCGGCAAUCGUCAACCAAACCAACCGCUUACAACACUCCACAAUUCUGUACCUCAAUCACGCCAUAGCUGAGUUUGCGGAGGCACUGGCCUCCAAGUUACCUGGUGAUCUCAAGGUAGUGUUCUUUACGAAUUCCGGGACGGAGGCGAAUGAGCUUGCAAUGAUGAUGGCUCGAUUGUACACUGGGUCUCAUGAUAUCAUAUCUUUGAGGAAUGCCUACCAUGGCAACGCAGCUGGUACUAUGGGGGCUACUGCACAAUGCAACUGGAAGUUUAAUGUCAUACAGAGUGGAGUUCAUCAUGCUCUGAACCCAGAUCCAUACAGAGGCAUCUUUGGUUCAGAUGGCGAGAAGUAUGCAAAAGAUGUCCAAGAUCUUAUCAACUACGGAACUUCUGGUCACAUUGCUGGUUUUAUAUCUGAGGCUAUACAGGGAGUAGGUGGCAUUAUAGAGUUGGCCCCUGGUUACUUGCCUGCUGUGUAUAGCAGCAUAAAGAAAGCUGGAGGACUUUUCAUUGCAGAUGAGGUCCAGUCUGGAUUUGCUCGCACGGGAAGCCAUUUCUGGGGAUUUGAGACCCAAGGUGUUGUUCCUGAUAUAGUGACGAUGGCAAAGGGCAUUGGAAAUGGCUACCCACUUGGUGCUGUGGUAACCACUCCUGAGAUUGCAGAGGUCUUGACACGUCGCAACUACUUCAACACCUUCGGAGGAAACCCUGUAGCAACUGCCGCAGGACUGGCUGUUCUCCAAGUAAUUGAGAGAGAAAAGCUUCAAGAGAAUGCACAUGUUGUAGGGUCCCACCUGAAAGAGCGCCUCAUUGCCCUCAAGGAUAAACAUGAAAUUAUUGGGGAUGUGAGGGGAAGAGGACUAAUGCUUGGAGUUGAACUUGUCACUGAUCGCCAACUGAAAACUCCUGCGAAGACCGAAAUUCUGCAUGUGAUGGAUCAAAUGAAAGAUAUGGGUGUAUUGGUUGGCAAAGGUGGAUUCUACGGAAAUGUUUUCAGAAUUACACCUCCACUCUGUUUCACCAAGGAAGAUGCAGAUUUCUUUGUUGAUGUUAUGGAUCAUGCAAUGUCAAAGAUGUGAAGUCGCCGUCAAGUAAAGCUGGGAUCAUUCCACAGAUUUGGGUGUUCAAGAGACGCGAGCCUCUAGUAGUACAUAUUAAGAUGUUUAUAUCUCAUGGUUUACAUAUCAAUCUGUCUACAGCUUCAGCUUAAUUGGCUGUUUAGAAUAAAAACGACUUAUAAAUAAGGUGUGUGAAUCUCUUAACAUGAUGAGUCAACAACUCGUUGUCUUCUCAAUUUCCCUUUCUUGUACUCUCCUUGCCGUACUGUGUUAUAAGUUUUACAAAAAGAAAGUUCUUGCAGAGUGAUA